GGAACGCCUUUUAAUAUAUUGUAUACGUUGUGUUACUCAAAUGGCAUUCUUGUAUAUAUUUGCCUUGAUGUUCGCGGACGAAGCUCCACCUCCAUCUUCUUCACGUCCAAAACCACGACCCACCUCCAUUUUUGUCCUCUUUCUUUCUCCUCUUCACACCAUUGAAGUAGCUUAAGCUUUCCUUUCUCGUGCACCACCAUUUUCACCGUCGUCUUAUUGGUGGCUUCGCCACAAGUGAAUAAAACGAAAACCCUAAAAAAAUGGAGGAAAUAAUGGCAUGGUUAAACUCAAAGGGUAUGAGUGUUAUCCUCCUCCAUUGAAACCGAUUGCAGAGUUCGAUUUCUCCAUUGAAGCCUCCUUGAUUCUCCAUUGAAGACUUUGAAGGUCUUUUGAUUUUUCUCCAUUAAAACCUCUUCACUAACAUUAUUUUCUUCACUUUUCUUGACAAUUUACACCGACUUUACAUAGCAAAAUGACCAGCGUGCCCUUUAAGUAACUUCAGUUGUUACUCAAAUUAACUUGGGUUUUCUCAAGUGAAAUAGGGCCUAACAUUCCUAACGUUGAACAAGCGCAAAAAAACUGAAAAACCUCCUUUCCCUACUUCAACUUCCCUCCUCCCGUCCUCCGUCUCCCGUCAACGUCUUGCAAAAUCAGCUCUCACUCUCCUAACAGACGAUGGAGAAGCAAAGCAUCAAUGGCGGUAAACCACCGGCACCGCGAAAGAAGCUACCGAAAGAGAGGGUUUUCGGAGCAAACGCUGUUCAAUUAUCAGAAGAUGAAGCAAAUCAGCUAAUUGGUGGAAUUGUAGAAAAGGGUGUUUCAGAUGAUUGCUUCUCUACUCCGCCUUCUAGUGCUCCUCUUCCUUCUGUUCUUCCUUUUCCUGUCGCCCGCCAUCGUUCUCACGGCCCUCAUUGGGCUCCAUAUGUGAGCCACUCCACAGCUGUUGGUGGUGCUAUUGUUGAUGAUGAAUUUGAUGCAGAGGAUGAUGAUCCUACAAAUUAUGACUCAGCAGCACAGUUUGCUGAGCCUAUUAUAAAGAAAAAGAAAAAGGGACUGGAUUUGAGUCAAUGGAGGGAGCUUGUUCAAAGUAAAAGUGGUUCAAAUAUCCCUGAACAUGAAAAAAAUUGCAAUGCCAUUGCGGGUGUUGAGAAGCAAAAGAUGAAUAGAGAUUCUUAUAUAAUGUCUGAUGAGAAAAGUAUGGUAACUAAUCCAUCGUCGGCUAUAAAUGGCAGCAGUAUAUCAACAUCUUUACAGGGGGCUCCAGAGGUGACUUGUGAUACAACUAAUGUUAUGAGAUCCGUGGAUAUGAUAUCAAAUAGGUUGAAUGAAUCAUCAGCAGCAAUAAGCAACGUUAAUGCAGUUAGAUCUGGACAUGAUCAGCCCAGCGAUUCCAAAGGUGAUGUUGAAAGCAGUAAUGUUCGGGAUGGAACUCAUUUGGAGAUAUCUCCAUGUGGUGAUGUUGGCAUGGGAUUGGGAGAUUUUUCUUUACUUGACGUGCGAGGCAUAAGGAAUCGACAGCAUACAACAACACAGGGACCCAGUUGCAUUGGCCAUGAGGAAAGACACACGAGUCUUCAAGGUCAGAUUGAUGCUGAGAACCAGGCCUUAUUAGAAAGAAUGUCUCCGGAGGAGAUUGCAGAAGCACAGGCAGAGAUAAGAAAUAGGAUAAAUCCUGAACUGCUUAAAAUAUUGAAGAAACGGGGGAUACAGAAAUCAGAAAAGUUGGGCUCUAGUUGUAGUACAGGUUCUGUUGACAUACCUGCUUUGGGUGUUAUGCAGGCUGAUAAACAUUUAGCUGAAGAUGAAAAGGAUCCUUCAGUUUCAGAAAGUGCUGUAUCUCCUCCAGUGGUUAACCCAAGUAAGCUUAAUACAGAGACAAGAGCAGAUGAAGGUGACAAGAGGUCAUUGUUAAAGCACUCUAAAUGCAGCAACUUAUGGGAUAUGUGGAGUAAACGAGUCGAGUCUGUAAGGACUGUUAGAUUUUCUUUUGAUGGUAAUGUCAUUGAAGAGAGUUCCUUGGAUCCAGCAUAUACUGUUGACAAUGUCGGUGAACGUGAUUACCUGAGAACGGAAGGGGAACCUGGUGCAGCUGGGUAUACAAUAAAGGAGGCUCUAGCUCUUGCAAGGAGUGUUGUUCCUGGACAGCGAGCUCUUGCGUUGCACCUUCUGGAGUCUGUUCUUAGUAAAGCUUUGCUCAACAUUUGUGAAAGUCGACAUGAUUGCUUAACAAAUGUUAAUAAUGGAAAAAACCUUGUUGACUGGGCGGCCAUUUGGGCUUAUGCACUGGGUCCAGAACCUGAGCUUGUUUUGUCUCUGAGGUUGGCACUCGAUGAUAAUCAUUACUCUGUUGUAUUAGCUUCUGCCAAAGUAAUCCAAUGCAUCCUAGCCUAUGACAUGAAUGAGAGCUUCUUCAAUACAUUAGAGAAAACAACAAUGAAGAAUCAAUAUACUGCUCCGGUAUUCCGAACUAGACCUGACAUCAGACAUGGUUUUCUUGGUGGCGGCUUUUGGAAAUACAGUACUAAACCGUCCAAUAUUCUUCUCCCUGAUGAAGAAAUUAGAAACGACAAGAAUGAAGAACCUACUAUUCAGGAUGACAAUGUUAUUGCUGAACAGGAUGUCGCUGCAGGUCUGGUCAGGAUGGCGAUGCUACCCAGGCUUCUUUACCUUUUAGAGACUGAGCCAUCGAUGGCCCUGGAGGAAUGUAUAUUAUCAACACUCGUGGCAGUUGCUAGGCAUUCCCCUAGAUGUGCAACUGCAAUCUGGAAGUGUGAAAGGCUUGUUCAGACAAUUGUCAACAAAUUUACAAUGAAGGAUGCAUUGGAACUUCAGGCUUCUAAAAUUAAAUCUGUGACUCUUCUAAGAGUUUUAGCUCAGUCAAACAAGAGCGCUUGUAUAGAGUUCAUCCAGAAUGGGUUCUUCCAAACUAUGACAUGGCAUCUGUAUCGAGUGAUGCAUUCAAUUGAUGAGUGGAUUAGAUCUGGGAAAGAGAAGUGUAAGCUAACGUCGGAGUUGAUGGUAGAACAAUUACGUUUCUGGAAGGUCUGUGUCAUGCAUGGCCACUGCAUUUCUUCUUUCACAGGCUUUUUUCCUGCAUUGUGUCUGUGGUUGAAUCCUCCUACAUUUGACAAACUCAUAGAGGCAAAUGUCUUUCAUGAAUUUGUUUCCAUUAGUAUGGAAGCGUAUCUAGUUUUGGAGAUAUUAGCUAGAAGGCUUCCAGAUCUACAUUCCACAGAAGCUAGAAAUCAAGAAUUUCAGGAAAGUUGUGGUGCUAAUUUAGAAUCUUGGUGCUGGAAUGACGUUGGUCCAAUGGUUGAUGUGGCUUUAAAGUGGCUAGAGAUGAAGGCUGAUUCAACUUUUUCAAAGUUCUUGUACCAGCUAAAUGGAGCUGAUGACAAUUUUGUGAAUCAUACUCAUGUAUCCUCCUUGUUAUGGGUGCUGUCAGCUGUUAUGCACAUGCUUAAUACUGUUCUUAAAAAAGCGACUCCUGGAGAUGUGCUCAAGCUCAAAGGCAACUGGCGGUUGCCAGAAUUUGUAGCUAAACUUUCGCUUCAAAUCAUUAAAAAAGGUAUUGUGAACUUUUCUGAUGAAAACAAUAAUGAAUGUUCUGGAGAUCAAUGGGCACUAGGUUCUUUUGUUGAGAAGUUGUGUGAUUUUAGACAUCAGUCAGAUUAUGAGAUGUCAAUAGCUUCUGUGUGCUGCCUUCAUGGAUUACUCCGGGUAAUAGUUUCCACUGAUCACUUAAUUCAGAUUACUGGAGACAAUGUUGGACCAAUAUAUUUUCACGGAAAUGAGCUGAUUAGAGACAACAAGUUGCUUCAGGAUGGCAUAUUUAAAUGUUCCCUGAGUGAGUGGAGAAAAGUGAUUAGAGAAUUUGUUAAGUUAGUCACUUCAGAAUGGCACACCAUUCGCUACAUUGAGGCAUUUGGCAGGGGAGGUCCCGCUCCUGGGGUUGGGGUGGGAUGGGGUACUUUUGGUGGUGGCUUUUGGUCCUCUACUAUUGCCUUGGUUCAAGCAGAUUCAAGAUUGCUUAUUGAGUUGCUUGGAACAUUUCAUUCGUCUUCCAGAGAUCUAAUUGUGGUAGAUGAGCAUAGUUUUAUGCUGCAGAGUGUCAAUUCUGCCUUGGCAGCGAGUUUGGUGGCAGGACCAGGGGAUAAAAUGAUUAUACAGAAUGUAUUGGAUAUGUUGAUGGGAACCUCUGUUCUCAAAUAUCUUGAUCAAUGUAUAUUCCACUUUCUUCACUCUUAUAAAGGAGUAGAGCCAUUAAAGUUGGACUAUAAAGACAGUGACUUCAUUCAAUUUGGCAAAAUUCUGGCUUCUCACUUCAGACAUAGAUGGUUGUCGGGAAAGAAAAAGAAGAAAUCUGUAUCGAAGGAAGGCAACAACCGUGGAACUAAAACUGUCAAACCGAGUGGCCUUCCUCUUGACACCAUUCCUGAAUAUGCGGAAAUGUCAAUUAUUUCCGGGGAAAUUGGCAACUCUUUAAUAGUUGAGUGGGCUCGACAGCGGCUGCCUCUUCCCAGUCAUUGGUUGCUAAGUCCUAUAGCGACAAUUGGUGAGAUCAAAUCUAGCAAUUCUCCAAAUACUUCGGGUGAAAUUGAUCCUGUGAAGUUUCACGAAGUUGCAAGAGCUGGGAUUUUCUUCCUUCUGGGUAUUGAAGCAAUGUCCUCUAGGCUUUCAGAUGAAGACAACUCCCCUGUUCGGAGCAUACCUUUAAUCUGGAAACUACAUGGAUUAUCUGUACCAUUACUUGUAGGAAUGGAUGUACUUGAAGAUGAAAGGAGCAGGUACAUGUAUGGAGUGUUACAAAGCCUCUAUGGUCAACAUCUAGAUGAGUUGUGGCUCAGUAGCACUAAAGCUAUUGCCCCUAAGACCGGAACUUCUUCGGAUGCUGAUUUGUUCCCGGUUAGUUGUCUGAGGUUUCAGUCUGAGAUUCAUGAGAAUUAUUCCACGUUCAUUGAAACCCUUGUGGAGCAAUUUGCUGCAAUUUCAUAUGGUGAUGUGAUUUAUGGACGACAAAUUGCAAUAUAUCUUCACAGACAGAUUGAUGCUUCAAUUAGACUUGCCACUUGGAAUGCUCUAUCUAAUGCCCACGUUCUUGAACUCCUACCACCUUUGAUUAACUGCGUAACUCAAAGAGAAGGAUAUCUGGAACCUGCUGAGGAUGAUGAAGGUAUUUUGGAAGCUUAUGCAAAAUCCUGGACUUCUGGUUCCCUUGAUAGAGCUGCAGCUCGGGACUCAAUGACUUAUGCUAUUGCUGUACAUCAUCUAUCAUCAUUCAUUUUCAACAAUUCUCACGGACAGAAACUGUCUCUACAAAAUAAACUUGUGAAAUCACUUUUGAGGGACUAUUCACGCAAACAGCAACAUGAGGCCAUGAUGUUGGAUUUGGUCCAGUAUGAACACUCUUGUGCCAUUCAGAAACCCAAGCAGGAUGCCUCUACUGUUGUACAGAUGGACUGCAUUGAUUCGAGGUUGGGGCUGUUGAAAGAAUCUUGUGAAGGAAAUUCACAGCUCUUGACUAUAGUUGAGGGGCUCAAAUCUUCCAUUUUAAAGAAGCAAUCUGGAGUUUGAAGUGAACUACAGAUUAUAAUUAGACCUUAGAAAACAAGAACGUAAAAUUUUUCUACAGUCUUACUCUAUUUCCUCUCGGCUGGGAUCUUCAAGAGUAACUGACACUGUGAGGCUAUAUAAUAUCAUAACAUGUAGUAUCACCGUAAAGGACAUUUGGUGUUAAUCAUAUCAUGUACAGGGAUGUCAGUUCUCGUUUGAGGUAUGCAGUUUAUCGAAGAGAUCUGAUGGCGAAUUCUGUUCUGAUAAUAGCUCAUGUCAGCUAUUGAACACCAUGUGAUCUGAAAAGGCAAGAUGCUGAAGAAACAGCAAAGCAAUGGUACAUUGGAGACUUUUUUUUUUUUUUUUUUUUUUUGGCUGAGACCUUGUAAAUGCUAGUUGCAUCUCUGUACACUGAUUUUGCUGUUUAACUAUUCCAAUUUCAAAUUCUAUGUAUGUAUAUAGCAAACAAAAUUAUUCGCUAA